GAAACAGAUCGAGGCAAACUACAUCCUUUAUUUAUUUGCUUGUUUGAUUUCAUUUAAACAUUUUUGAGAAGACCAAACGUGCGUCACGCUGGUGCACGACUCACUUUCCUCAGUUUACGUUGGGCUCAAUUUAAAAACAACAAACUGGAACUGAUGGCAUAAAGCGCGUUACUCGUCUCGUGCGUAAAAACACCAAGAGACCGAACCGCAAGUUGGAGAAAAGGAAAAGGAGAGGGUGGAGGAGCCCCCCUCCCCCCCAAACACCAAGGUCCUGAUAGACACCCCCCUCCUCAUAACCCAACUCCUCUCCAGACCUGCGCAGAUGGCCCUAGUGUCCAAACCGGAGUCUGGAUCUGCAUGAGUUCAGAGUUAGAAGAUUAGCGCUGAUUAGGAGUUUAACUCUUUCUCCGGCGUCUGAAAAGUAAAACUAGUCCUGGGGUCAUGUUGACGCACGCGGGUCUGUGAGCACACGCGCCACGCUUCUGCUGGUGAUGCCAUGCCGCGCAGUCACACUGGCGACGAGAGCGGCAGCACCGGGCUCUGGGUGAGGACUUCCACCGGCAGCCGGUCUCAGGACUACGCACUCAAAGAUGUGGAGUGUGGACGCAGAACGAUGAAUAACGCGGCGCGGGUCGGGGACGGUCUUCUGUCCUCCGCCGCUGCAGGUGCGGAGCGGCACCAGGGCGCCAGGCUCAGCCUGCUGGGGAAGCCGCUGACCUACAGCUCUCAGAGCGGCCGCAGGAACGCUCGGUACCGGAAGCUCCAGAAUUAUCUCUACAACGUGCUGGAGAGACCGAGGGAGUGGGCUUUUGUUUACCACGCGUUUGUAUUUAUCCUGGUGUUUGGAUGUUUGGUUCUCUCCGUCUUCUCCACCAUGCCUAAUUAUCAGGAUUUCUCCUCGUACUGCCUGCUCAUCCUGGAGUUUGUGAUGAUUGUAGUGUUUGGCCUUGAGUACAUCAUCAGGAUAUGGAGUGCUGGCUGCUGCUGCCGAUACCGAGGCUGGCAAGGACGCCUCCGCUUUGCCAGGAAGCCUUUCUGUGUCAUAGACAUCAUCGUCCUUAUCGCUUCAGUUGCUGUGGUUUCAGCUGGUAGCCAGGGUAACGUGUUUGCCACCUCUGCGCUGCGUAGCCUUCGUUUCCUUCAGAUCCUGCGCAUGGUGCGUAUGGACCGCAGGGGAGGAACCUGGAAGCUGCUCGGAUCUGUAGUUUAUGCUCAUAGUAAGGAGCUGGUGACUGCUUGGUAUAUUGGGUUUCUGGUUCUUAUAUUCUCCUCUUUCUUGGUCUAUCUGGUGGAGAAAGAAUUCAACAAGGAGUUUGAUACGUAUGCUGAUGCUCUGUGGUGGGGCACGAUCACUUUAACAACUAUCGGCUACGGCGACAAGACCCCACAGACGUGGACAGGAAGGUUAUUAUCAGCUGGUUUUGCUCUGCUUGGGAUCUCCUUCUUUGCCCUUCCAGCUGGCAUCCUGGGGUCAGGUUUUGCCCUGAAGGUGCAGGAGCAGCAUCGCCAGAAGCAUUUUGAAAAAAGGAGGAACCCAGCUGCCAGCCUUAUCCAGUGUGUCUGGCGUAGUUAUGCUGCUGAUGAGAACUCGGUUUCCAUUGCUACCUGGAAGCCUCAUUUGAAGGCGUUGCAUACCUGCAGCCCCGCCAAGAAAGAGCAGGGCGAGACUACUUACAGUCAGAAGUUAAGCUUUAAGGAGCGAGUCCGGAUGGCGAGUCCUCGAGGUCAGAGCAUGAAGAGCAGGCAGACAUCCAUCAGUGACCGCCAGCGCUGUUCCCCCGGCAACGAGGUGGUGGGCAGCAACGAGCUGAUAACAGGGAGCCCUGCCAAAGUGCAGAAGAGCUGGAGCUUCAAUGACCGGACCAGAUUUCGUCCAUCGCUGAGGCUGAAGAGCCAGACUCGCACUGCUGCUCCAGAUGUGGACACAGGCAUGACCACAGAUGAUUCAUUCGAUGAGAAAGGCUGCCAUUGUGACGUGACUGUGGAGGAUCUCUCGGCUCCUUUAAAGGCUGUCAUCAGAGCUGUCAGGAUCAUGAAGUUCCAUGUGGCUAAGAAGAAGUUUAAGGAGACACUGCGUCCAUAUGAUGUGAAGGACGUCAUCGAGCAGUACUCCGCAGGACAUCUGGACAUGCUCUGUCGCAUCAAGAGCCUUCAGACUAGACUGGACACUGUUGUGGGACCCCCUCCGAGGCCAUUCAGGGGCAGAGUCAAGACCUUUUCCUCUCCCUCCCUGCAUUCAUAUUACAGCCAGGCCAGGAGGAAACAGCCUGCAGCUGGAGUGGAUCAGAUUCUGGGAAAAGGACAGAUUCCUGUGGAUAAGAAGCCGAGGGACAAACUGCACCCAGAUGGAGACUCGCUGGAGGGCAUAAGCAUGCUGGGGCGAGUGUGUAAAGUAGAAAGACAGGUAACCUCAAUUGAGGCGAAGUUGGACUCUUUGCUAGAUAUUUACCGCCAAGUCCUACAGAAAAGCCCUUCAGCGCUCACUCUCUCCUCUCUGCCUCUCUUUGAGCUGGAAAACCACCAGCACCACAACUUGGACUACCCAACCUCCCCCCAGGGAGGUGAUAUGGUCAGAGGCCGAGGAGACAACAGUGGCAUACGUCGUUCACAUGGUGCAAACCCAAGAGGCUUGCGGCUCAUUCUGGCACCAGCAGAUGAUGAUGGGCCUCCAGACUCUGCACCUCCAUCCUACCCCCCAUCCACAGCAUCAUUGUCCCCCUCACCCCUCCUUCCCCCAGAUAGCCCUUACCCAACUCUUGUCACCCCUUCCAAAAAAAGCCACUUGCCUGAUCUGCCACCUCCACCAUCCUCAACAGGAAGUUUCACUCUCCAGCUCCCCCCCAUGGUGCACCCUUCUCACCUCAUGUGCCCAACUGAUCCCAUCUCAGAUGAUUUGACAGAUGGUGUUGAGGUGGACGAGCACAGUUUGGGCCCCUCUGUUGUUGUGGGAUGCAGUGUUGAUGAUGAAAAUGAGGAGGAGGAGGAGGACGACGAAGCGUGUUCUGUUCAGGAAAGGGUACAACUGCGAAAGAGGCCUGGCUUGAAAUCUGAGGGGAUCUGGAGAAGGCAUUUGAGCCUCGAGGUUAACCCCUUGCUGCUUCUCUCAUCGAGCCCAGAGGGGAGGCCUUCAGACUGGGGAGGCAAACUCGGGAAAUCCCUCUCUGUGCAUAAUCUAAGCCAGCCUUUAAUCAAUUGUGCCCCUGGUCUUUCCUCCGCACUCAACAACAGCAGCAGCAGUAAUGACAGCGAACGUGGGAACGGCCACGGUGACCUCAGUGACCUCUUCAUUAGUGAGUGCAAGCUGAAGCCAGCAACAGAACACUACAACUUCUUGUCGCAGGAACCUGACAGCAGCCAAUCCAACAUUUUACAAACUGUGGAGGAGGCGGUACCUCACCCAAAGGGAACCUCUGAGUUCCUCAGUCAAUCCUCACACUUACAGCUGGUAUAAGCACACACGUUGAUAAACGCUAGCUGCAAAUGGUAUGAACACCUUACUGUGGCGCACGCCACUUUUUAAAAGAUUGUUACACUUUAUACGUGUGCAAAUUGUGUUUUUUUUUCUUAGCCAUUUCUGGUUGCAUACAGAUUGUAUUUUGUUUAGAUUUCGACAUCCUAAAAAAUAAAAGAAUGUAAAAAUUGAA